UAUAUAAGGAUCUGUGAAUCGCCUUUGCGGCGUUUUAUUUCUUCAGGAGAGAGGGCAGCGUGCUGGUGUGUUUGUGUGACUUGUUGAUGUUGAGUUGGCGUUUUGGAUGAGGAGCUGGAGCAGCGCUGAGGAGGCGGAACAGAACCAGUGGAGCAGUGUCCUGUCCCAGUCUGAGAAGUGAAAGGCAAUGACGCGCAGAGUGAACGUGGUCAUCCUUGUGCUGCUGUCCAUUGCGUUCUUGAUCAUUGUUCAUCGAAAUCUGCAGAAUCUCAGUGAUUUCCUGAAGCAAGACAAUGCAGAUGUUGCACCUGGUAUGAUCCUGCCCUUUGAAACGGGAUUCUUCUCAGAUCGCAAAGCCAGGACAGGGGAGGAGAUCCCUGUGGUCAUCACAGCCGCAGAGGAGAGGCUGGGGGCCGCUGUGGCUGCCAUGAACAGCGUGAACCAAAACAGCAAAGCUAAUGUGGUCUUCAGCAUAGUCACCCUCAACGAGUCUGUGGAGCAUCUCAGGUCCUGGUUAGGUAAAACGGAGAUAAAACAUAAAAUCAUCACGUUUGAUCCGAAGGUCCUUGAGGGGAAGAUUCCAGAUGAUCCACAGAAGGCAGAUUUGUUAAAACCACUAACUUUUGCCAGAUUCUACAUGCCUGUGUUCCUGCCUGAUGCAGAAAAGGCUGUUUACCUGGACGAUGACAUUAUUGUACAAGGAGAUAUCCAAGAACUUUUCGAGAGCAGUUUAAAGCCUGGCCAUGCCGCUGCUUUUUCCGAAGAUUGUGACUCAGCAUCUGCUAAAGGCAUCGUCAGAGGAGCGGGUAACCAGAACAAUUAUAUCGGCUUUCUGGACUUCAAAAAAGAAGCUAUUAAGAAGCUUGGGAUGAGGGCGAACACAUGCUCUUUUAAUCCUGGAGUCAUUGUAGCCAACCUGACCGAAUGGAAACACCAGAACAUCACCAGGCAGCUGGAACAGUGGAUGGAGCGCAAUGUCAAGGAGGAUCUCUACAGCAAAGCUCUGGCAGACAGCUUCACCACACCUCCCCUGCUUAUUGUGUUCUACAAGCACCACUCCAGCAUCGACCCUAUGUGGCACGUCAGACACCUCGGAACCACUGGAGCUGGAAAUCGCUACUCGACACAGUUCGUCAAAGCUGCCAAACUACUGCACUGGAACGGACAUUAUAAACCCUGGGGCAGAACCUCCUCCUUCUCUGAGAUUUGGGACAAGUGGUACAUUCCAGAUCCCACUGGGAAAUUCCAUCCAAUUAGAAGACACUCAGGGGACGAAUGAGCUUGGAUUUGAUUACCCGGACACUUUUGCACUAUCAUUCCUGCUCACUAGGAUACACUACUUUGUUGCAUCAGAAGAUUUAGCCCUUGUAUUUUGUAUUUUUGCCACAUAAGACAAAACUAGGAAUAGGGCAACACUGCUGCUGCCCCUUCUCUCUAGUGAUGUAUGUUUUGGUUGGCAUUAACUUUAGGAACCAGCAUUGAAUAUUGAGUGCAUUUACACCAGCCAAAAAUCAGUUCAUAAUCUGCAAUAUAAACAGAAUACUCAAGUCUGAUUAAGAAAUCUGAUUAAGUAAUCAUAGCAGAGAUGAAACUGAAGCAUUUAAAUAAUCACGUUCAUGUUGUUGCCUGUUUUGUUAAACAAAGUUUGGCCACGAGUUUAUUGGCUGUAGACUCAAGUAAACUCAUUUAAAUUAAAGUUUUACCAGGAUCCAAUUACCCAAGGAUUACUAGCUAACCACAAUCAUAUGCACUUCAUAAUCACAUCAUAAUGAUGAUUUAUGAACAGUUUUCUCAUGUAAACAGCAUACAUUGAUUUCUUAGAUCAGCUUAAUCCAAAAUAAAUCCAGUUAAAAAUCUGAUAGAGCUGGAUUGUAUCUUUAGAAAUUUGAUUUCUCAGUGCUUGUGAACUCAUGCACAGAAACUGACUGUGACACCAGUCUGAAGGAUUUUAGCUGAUUUACAUUCAUAAAAGAGCAUGACAAGGCAUCCUGUUUUGUUUAUUUGAUGGUUGCAAAUCAAAAAGCAGCGACUCGGUUCUGAUACAUCAGCUCACAGAUGCCCUGUGCUGAUCGACAUCACCCUUUUGGAGUGAUGAGGGGCAAGAGCGCCAUCUACCCACCCAGGGAGAGCAAGGCCAAUUGUGCUCUCUCAGGACUCCGGCAGCUAGAAGAUGAAUAUUAUUUAAAUUCUUCGGUUCCAGUGUCGCUCCAAAAAAAAAUUGUUUGGUCAGCAUUUUGUUUUAGCUGUGUUAAACACUGCCUUUUUUAUUUCUACUAAAACGGGUCUGUUUUCACUUAUGCACAGACUGAGAAAUCAGCUAAAUAAAAGAUGGUUUGGGCCUUAUUCUGAUCUAAGAAAUUAGAUAAUUGCAGUAAUCUGAUUAUGAAUGGAUUUUUGAGUGCUAGUAAACACACGCAUUGUUUUUCUAACCAUGUCAGUCCUAUUUUUUUUAUCUUAAUUGUUUGUACACUAGCUGUCUGUUACAUGUCCAGGAGAGAAUUGACCUAGAGAUCUUCUUGUGACAGAAUCCACUAAAAUGCGCUACUACCUCAGCCCUUAACAGUGUGCAGUAUGGUGAACUAUAAUAAUAGGAACGGUCCCAAAUUUCAUCUUUUCAUAAGGUUGUGUUUUUUUUUUUUAUAUAUAUAUAUAUAUAUAUAUAAACUCACUACAUUGCUUCUACAGGUACUUUAUUCUGUUACAGUUACAACACUAACCAUUGACUGCCUUUUUUGUGGCUUUCCAAGCAUGGAACAGAACCACUGCCAACAUGUUUUGUGUCUGAUGUAAGCUUGUUUUCAUAUUGUUUUCUAAUUUGUUUCAUUACCGUGUAGUAUAAACAGUUAAAGCAUGCAUGUAUUUUGUGUUUUUGUUUGUUUCUUUGAAUAAAAUGAAAGCAUGAGCUGCAUUUGAUCCCAUACGCUAUGGCUUCCCUCAGUAUGAUUUUAAGAGUGUAAAGGGAUGUACAUGUAUAUAGGGAAGCAGUUGUUACGAUGCCUUGAAUAAAAUUGGUUACUCUUUGUA